CUCCAGAAACAGGGCGUGGGGCCCGGCAAACGCACAGCAUCCCGGGCCACCUCUGAUCGCUCCGCCCGCUGCGGCCCGACUUCCCCUCCCUCCUUCUGUCCCUCCCUCCCUUCUUCCCUCCCGCCUGCCCGCCGGCGCCGGACACGCUGAGCCUCUUCUCUUGGGGCGCUCUUCCCCUUGGCGGACCGUCGCAUCCCGCGCAACUUUGAGAUAGACCAUGGUCGUUUGGUGUUGAAUGUUCCCUUCCGCAAGCGCAUGGCUGUACAAUCGAGGCGCGGGCCUGGCCCCCGAAGGGCAGCCGUCUCGAAAGCACUGAUGCUACUGUUGUGCUUGGGAGUCCCGACUGGGCGCGCCUACAACGUGGAUACCGAGAGCCCGCUGCUCUACAAGGGCCCCUCCAAAACCUUGUUCGGCUACUCGGUGGUGCUGCACAGCCACGGGGCAAACCGAUGGCUGGUAGUCGGGGCGCCCACCGCCAGCUGGCAAGCUAAUACUUCGGUGGUCAACCCUGGGGCGAUUUAUAGAUGCAAAAUCGGAAAGAAUCCGGAGCGGAACUGCGAACAGCUUCAGCUGGGUAGCCUUAAAGGAGAACCUUGUGGAAAGACCUGUUUGGAAGAAAGAGACAAUCAGUGGCUGGGGGUCACACUUUCCAGGCAGCCAGGAGAAAACGGAUCCAUUGUGACUUGUGGGCAUAGAUGGAAAAAUAUAUUUUACAUAAAGAAUGAAAAUAAGCUCCCUACGGGUGUUUGCUACGGAAUGCCCUCUGAUUUACGAACAGAACUGAGUAAAAGAAUAGCUCCAUGCUAUCAAGAUUAUGUGAAAAAAUUUGGAGAAAAUUUUGCAUCCUGUCAAGCUGGAAUAUCUAGUUUUUACACAGAGGAUUUAAUUGUGAUGGGAGCCCCAGGAUCAUCUUAUUGGACUGGCUCUCUUUUUGUCUACAAUAUAACUACAAAUAAAUACAAGGCUUUUUUAGACAGAUACAACCAAGUGAAGUUUGGAAGUUAUUUAGGAUACUCGGUUGGAGCAGGUCAUUUUCGGAGUAUGUACACUACUGAAGUAGUUGGAGGAGCCCCUCAACAUGAACAGAUUGGUAAAGCAUACAUUUUCAGCAUUGAUGCAAAAGAACUAAAUAUCUUACAUGAAAUGAAAGGUAAAAAGCUUGGGUCUUAUUUUGGAGCUUCUGUCUGUGCCGUGGACCUCAAUGCAGAUGGCUUUUCAGACCUACUGGUGGGCGCCCCCAUGCAGAGCACCAUCAGAGAGGAAGGAAGAGUGUUUGUGUACAUCAACUCUGGCCUGGGAGCAGUAAUGAAUGAAAUGGAAACAGAGCUUGUCGGAAGUGACAAAUAUGCUGCAAGAUUUGGGGAAUCUAUAGUCAGUCUUGGUGACAUUGAUAAUGAUGGCUUUGAAGAUGUUGCUAUUGGAGCUCCACAGGAAGAUGAUUUGCGAGGUGCUAUUUAUAUUUACAAUGGUCGAGCGGAAGGGAUCUCAUCAGCGUUCUCACAGAGAAUUGAGGGACUUCAAAUCAGCAAAUCAUUAAGUAUGUUUGGGCAGUCUAUAUCUGGACAAAUUGAUGCAGAUAAUAAUGGAUAUGUUGAUGUAGCAGUUGGUGCUUUUCGGUCUGAUUCUGCUGUGUUGCUAAGGACAAGACCUGUAGUGAUUGUUGAAGCUUCUUUAAACCAUCCUGAGUCAGUAAAUAGAACACAUUUUGACUGUGUUGAAAAUGGAUUGCCUUCUGUGUGCAUGAAGCUAACACUCUGUUUCUCAUAUAAGGGCAAAGAGGUUCCAGGUUACAUUGUUUUGUUUUAUAACAUGAGCCUGGAUGUGAACAGAAAGGCAGAGUCUCCAUCGAGAUUUUACUUUUCUUCCAAUGGAACUUCUGAUGUGAUUACAGGAAGCAUGAAAGUAUCAAGCACACAAGCUACCUGUAGAACACAUCAAGCAUUUAUGCGGAAAGAUGUACGGGACAUCCUCACCCCAAUUCAGAUUGAAGCCGCUUACCACCUCGGGCACCACAUCGUCAGCAGUAAACGAAGUACAGAGGAAUUCCCACCACUUCAGCCAAUUCUUCAGCAGAAGAAAGAAAAAGAUAGGAUUAAAAAAACAAUAAACUUUGCAAGAUUUUGUGCCCAUGAAAAUUGUUCCGCUGAUUUACAGGUCUCUGCAAAAAUUGGAUUUGUGAAACCACAUGAAAAUAAAACCUAUCUUGCUGUUGGGAGUAUGAAGACAUUAAUGUUGAACGUGUCCUUGUUUAAUGCCGGCGAUGAUGCAUAUGAAACAACUCUGCAUAUCAAAUUACCCUUCGGUCUUUACUUCAUUAAGAUAUUAGAUCUGGAAGAGAAACAAAUAAACUGUGACGUGACAGACAGCUCUGGCAUAGUAAAACUUGACUGCAGGGUUGGUUAUAUAUAUGUAGAUCAUCUAUCAAGGAUAGAUGUUAGCUUUCUCCUGGAUGCCAGCUCACUCAGCACAGUAGAGGAGGACCUCAACAUCACAGUGCAUGCUGCCUGCGAAAAUGAAGGGGAAACAGGUGGGCUGAAGCAUAACCACGUGACUUUAACCGUGCCUCUCAAGUAUGAAGUCAUGCUGACCGUUCAUGGGUUUGUAAACCCAACUUCGUUUGUGUAUGGAUCAAAGGAGGAAAAUGAGCCCGAAACAUGCAUGGCAGAAAAACUGAACUUCACUUUCCACGUUAUCAACACUGGCCAAAGCAUGGCUCCAAACGUUAGUGUGGAAAUAAUGAUACCAAAUUCUUUUAUCCCUAAAACUGAUAAGCUGUUCAACAUUUUGGAUGUCCAGACUACUACUGGAGAAUGCCAUUUUAAGAAUUAUCAGACGAAGUGUACAUCAGAGCAGCAAAAAGGCGCAAUGGAGACCCUUAAAGACGUAGUCAACUUUUUGUCAAAGACUGAUAAGAGGCUGCUAUACUGCAUAAAAGCUGAUCCACAUUGUUUAAAUUUCUCAUGCAAUUUCGGGAAAAUGGAAAGUGGAAAAGAAGCCAGUGUUCACAUUCAGUUGGAAGGCCGACCAUCCAUUUUAGAAAUGGAUGAGACGAGAGCACUGAAGUUUGAAAUAAGAGCAACAGCUUUUCCAGAGCCAAAUCCAAAAGUUAUUGAACUUAACAAGGAUGAGAAUGUUGCACAUGUUCUACUUGAAGGACUACAUCAUCAAAGACCCAAACGCAGUUUCACUAUAGCGAUUAUUUUAAGUAGCUUGCUACUUGGACUUAUUUUACUUUUAUUGAUUUCAUACGUUAUGUGGAAGGCUGGCUUCUUCAAAAGACAGUACAAAUCUAUCCUACAAGAAGAAAACAGAAGAGACAGUUGGAGUUAUAUUAACAGUAAGAGUGAUAAAGAUGAUUGAAGACUUCUUUCAAAUUGAGAGAAUUAAUAACAGACUCAGGUUAUACUAAAAUUUUAGAUAUUGUUUACAAGCAACCAUGAAUUUUUCUCAGACUUCUAUGUACAUUUUUUACUCGUAACUUUGUGACAUACUUUGUCUUAAUGCAAAUGAAAAAUCCAAGCAAUGAUUAGUCUUUGAGAGAAAAUAACUGCAAAGGUAAUAUUUUAAUAUAUCCAAAGAUGAUCUUUCAGCUCUGAAAUGGGUAGGAAAAAAAACACUAAGGCAUUCAGUUUAUUCAAGAUAAGUAAUCCCUUGAAGGUAUCUUGAAAUGAAAGAGCAUCUGAAUUAAAAUUAUGUUGAGGAAACAAACAACUCAACUGGAGAUGACUUGAAGUAUCAGUUCUUUAAAAGAAGCAUUAUUUACCUUAUGUGCUUGCUACAGUAAAAUAAAUUCCACUGAAUAGGUAAUGACUCAUUUCUAAUAGAUCUUUGAGAUUUGUUUGGAAUAUGUUCUCUAGAAAUAACAGAGUUUUUCAAAGAGCUGUUUCCAAAUUUUCUAGUAACUAGAAGAGAGCUAUCAUCAUUUUAAAGCAGAUUUUAUCUUUAAAGGUGUUGAUUUGUAAUAUAUUUCCUAGGGGCCUUGAUAAACAUCAACCAUUUAUUCAGCAGUCUAUAAAUAUUACUGGACCUGAUUAGCAAACUUCAGACUAUUUAUACACUGGUUUGAGCUUAAUGGGGUGACUUAUAGAUAAUUACUGUUUAUAUAGCCAUGAUUUUUCUUUCUGUAUAUAAAUAUACAUAUGUUUUUCAAAAAAAAAAACUAUGUUUAUAUAGGUAUAAAUCCACUAGCCUUGUAGAACACCAUUUUUUCAAGGGAAGGUUACUGAAGAGUAAAUGUUAAAAAUCCAUCUUUAGUCACAUUUUUUGUUUAUAAAAACAACAGUCCUUAAGAAUUCUAAUUUAUAUUCUAACACAGAUUGAAUGUUGCACUUCAGUUGAUAUUUGAAAGAUAAAUACACAUAUAUAUAAAAUGUGAAAACUGUACCUCACUAAAGAUUUUUAACAAUCCGAGCCCUGCAGAGACGAUAUUGUGAGCCAAUAUUUCAUACAAAUUAGAAACUGUUUAAAAUGCCGACUGUCAAAUUAAGCAAACAGACAAAUUCUUAUUUGGAUGUUCCUCUUUUCUCCUCAAAUAUAAAACAUGUUUUCACCAGGAUUAUAAGAACAUUCUCUUCUGAAUGGAAAUAGAGAAACAAAAUUCACAAAUUUAACUGUAAACUGAAAAAUAGAGAUUUAGCUUGUAUCUAAUGAAAAUAUGACAUCAAAAUGUCCACUUUUUUUUAGUGAUAAGUGAAAUAUUAAGUUUUUUGUUGAUGUUAGUUUUUUUUAUAAUGAAGCAGUUUCUUUCUGGAUCUAAAAUAAUUUAUCUUUAAAUGCCUUCUCACUUGCAAAUACAGUCAAAUUUUGUAAUAUCUAUUCAUGCAUAUGAACUAAAGGCUGAUCAUUAUAGAAUAUAAUUUCAUCUGAUUUGCCCCUAUAUCUGUCUUUAUAUGAUGGUUGCAGCCAAAUUUUCAAAAUCCAUUAUGGGAAGUGACCAAAUAGAAAAGUUAGAGGGCAGUCUUUACUACUAUGGAGAAGGAUUUCUUUAUACAAGGUCCCUGCCAACAGUUGUCUUCCUCAGACUGCUUAAUUCCUAUAACCUAUCCAUUCCCAAAGUGGUGGCUGGAGAAUGAGAAAUGCACAGAAACUUAUGAAGGUGUUUGAGCAGCAAAAUGCAAUUACAAUGAGCAUGAAUAGUCCUUAACUUGGUGUGUACCAAUAAAAAUUAAAUUGUAAAGAACUCUUUUUUGAGAAAAAGAUAUUUUUGGGUGUUUUUACUAUGGGGAAAAAAACAAAAACAAAAAACAAAAAAAAGUAGUUCUUUCACGAAAAUGCCUAGGAUCACUGGUAGAAAAUCAAAUCCAAAUUUAGAAUUGCUUUCUCAAGGAUGAUCCCUGAAAAAAAAUUAAUUUCGUUCUUUCCUAUUAGAAAUAAUAGCAUUUUAGGUAGUACUGCAUAUAUUGAAAGCAGUGUGCUAUGAUUACAUUUUCAGGAACAAGAACACAGCUCCCUUUUGGGCCAGAUUCAGACCAGAUAUUUUGCAUAUUUUAAGAUUAUGUAUAUUAUGAAUCUCGAAACUUUCAGAGACUGCUACAGAAUUUUAAGUUGUGGUACUGUAAAAUUACCCUUCUUUUUCCUUUUGUUUUUGGCAAGUAGUCUAGGUAUUAGAAAGAUUUUGAGAAAAAUAGUACUAUGUCUAUACUAAAAAACAUUUAGGUCAUCUCUGAGCUGUGUAAUUUUGAAAUUCAGUCUCGCUGGAUUAGGUACCUCAUCAGGAAAUCAGGACGUUCUUAUGUGAACUCUGUGGUCUGUUUGCAAGAACUACAGGAAAUUUAACACUGGAACUAAUGGACUCAAAUCCAGAAAAAAAAAGAAUCCAAAUCAUUUCACUGUUCAAUUAUGUAGGUUAAAUAUUGCUAUAUCAUGUUUACAUUUCAAGUAUUUUAAAUGCUUACCUUCCAUUCCACUUAAUACCAUCCAAAAACCAGAAUUUAAUUUUUUUUAUGUUUUUUUAAAAACCUGGAAGCUAAUUUUUAGUAACAUCAAAAAUAGCAAGUUUAAAAUUCUUUGAGAUUUUUUUUCCUUAGCAAAGUAUCUGUUUAAAACAUGACAAUAUCCCUUAUAUUAAAAUUCUACAUAUUCCUCUUAUAAACAAUUACAGGUUACUUUGGAAUCAUUCAUUUCUUCUAUCCUUCCUCCAUAAAGAUUGAUAAGUCUUGGGUGUACUCUGUAAAGAAUAUAGUAAUACACAUGACAUUAUUUUAUCAACCUAUCAUUCCAUUAUCUUUUACACAUAACACCUAUUGAAUAUGGUACAUAAUAUCAAAUACAAAUCUAAUGACAGCCAACAAACAUACAUUCAUUGCAGAGGAGCCAGGUAGAAAAAAAUGCAGGGCCUGAUAAAUCAGCAGUAAUUACUGUGAAGCCCAGCUAAUUGUACCUAUAGAAAGCUCCCAUCCAGCAGGCUUUUCAGGGAGCCCUUGUACACUUCUACUGCCUGAGUCAGAAUACUGACCAAUCAUGAGUCUGCAUGUUCCCAAGCCUGUUUAUAACUAGUUGCCCUUGUUAAUAAAUAAUAUGUAAAACUGUUCUUGUGUAAAGUAUGCUUUGUAAAGACUUUAUAAAAGCAAACUGCUAAACACCAA